GUUCUGCUUUUUUUAUCCAGAAAUCUAGUCUAUGACGACUACUGGCACGUUUUAUCCAAUACCCGCAAUACUAACUGUAGUGCCUGUGGGCUGAGAUGCCUCCAGCGCAGGAAAGCGAUGGCAGCGUCAACGGUGGGUCAACGACUGUCGCCCGCAAACGCCAGCGAGACGACGCCGAAGAGGUCUCGACUCCUCCUUGUGCACAGUGUCGGUCCCGUAAAGUGCGCUGUGACCGUCAACAGCCCAGUUGCUCGAACUGUCGCAGAGCCGGCGUCCCCUGCGAGUACUCCAACUCGUCCACGGCAUACAAUGUCAAGGAGCUGUUUGACGCAUUUUCAUCGGUGACUUCGCGCCUGGAUCGCAUGGAAGAGACGUUGGCAGGAAUUGCAGAUUAUAUCAAGUCCAUUGCUCGUACACCUGCGGGGCUGCAGUCGCCCCCAACUACCAAUGGCUUCAAUUCUCACGCACAGGAUUCGGGGGACGUUGCACCACCAGUCGAGAGCACACCAGCGUUUGUCGUGCCCCUCGAGGACGACGGGCGAGUUCCAGGUGAACCAGCCUCGAUUGCCUUGUUAAAAUCGCUCCAUCGCCGUUUAAAAUCCGCAGUCGAGGGGCAACCUAGCGAGUCGAUGACGCUGUGGGCAGUGGCGGCGAAAGAUCCCGCGGUGAAGCGCGUCCUCCAGCGCCAGCUAGACCUGUUCCCAUUCAACGGUGGCUGCCUCGCCUUCCCUACGAGCAGCGACAGUCAGCCCAUGCAGGCGCCGCCUCGGUAUAGCUUGGAGGAGUGUCUCCAGUCUUCGUUCACAGAACUCCAUGUGUUUGCGCCCAUAUUCCAGAAGCAAUAUCUUGAAGACGCAGUUGCGUUUUACUAUGAUUCACCACCUUGCCAGCAGUCGCAGGCCCAGGUGCUCAUGAUCAACAAUAUCUACCUACUCGCCAUUACUCUUGAAGCUCGGGCCUGCAGGGCGCGUCGGACUGAGUCGGAGAGCAGGUAUUAUAAUCUGGAGCUGGCCUACGCCCUCCUUGGGAAUUGUGACAGAGCGUUGCGGGAUCUGGGGGCCUUUAAUGAGCCCACGGUAGAGAAUGUCCGGGCCCUCCUCAGUCUGGCCUUUGUGUGCCAGGAAUAUUACUCUGUUCCUGUACAGAUUCGUGUUUUUCAGCUGGCUGCUCGCCUCGCGCGCGCCGUCGGCCUACAGAAAUGGCACGCAUCGAACAACGGGUCGUGGGAUAAUGCGUCGGCAGACGAGAGCCUUUUUUGGCUCCUAUAUACCAUGGACAAACAACAGGCCUUUCAAGGUGGCCAGGCCGGGGAACUCUACCUCCACGACUGCACCCUGCCGCUGUACCCCUGUGGAACAGGCACGCCGACAAUAGAGCAACUCCACGGAGCCUUCACCAGUCUUUCCACUAUUUGGGAGGACAUUUAUUCAUCGCUGUACUCCGUACGCUCAUCAACACUCGAUGACUUCACCCGAAACGCGCAUGUCGGCCGUUUACAUUCCGUACUCUCCGUCUGGAAGGAAGCCUACGAGCCCCUGUUCACCAGCUGGACUCUCCCCGACGUAUCAAAUCUCAAGCCCAUCCAGACCGAGCUCCAAUACGCUUUUUUCACAACUAAGCUCCUAAUCCAACGCUGCAACACUUGUCUGCCCCCAUCCGUACGCUAUCGCGAAUUCGCCGAGCCCGCCCUCACACUUCUCACCACCAACUUUAACACCCUCUCCCCAUCCGAAUGCACAACCCUAGGCCGGAUCUUCCGCAACUACCCCCUCGUCGCAUUCCUUGACUUCUUCCUGUAUACGAUUCUCUCGGACCGGGCAGGCCUCGCCGAGAACGCCCAACUCCUGCACGCUGUGACGCGGCUCCUCGAACCAAUCCGUGAUGCGGACUUUCCCGAGUCUUUCUAUAAUAAGAUCUACUCGGGGUUUACCUGGUGCACCAACCAACUGGAUAUCUUGCUGCAGGCUUGUACUCAGCGUGCUUCGAUAACCGGUGGGAUUUGUCCUGAGCUUGAUGCGAUGGCGGGUUCUUUGUCCGAGCUGGCUCCCGGGUUGGGCGUUUAGAUUAUGUAUCGCGGCAGGCCAUGAUAUUAUAAUGAAUUAUACUACGCUUCGUGGCUUUAGAUGGGUAGAUAAUAUACCUACUGGUAAAUUUGAUUUUCAUUCAAGGUAGACACUCCUUGUUUCAAUACAUAUUGUCACACAGCUGGACUCAAC